AUAGAAUAUUGAUAUAAUUUAAAUAUUGUAUAAAAAGUCAUUUAUUGUGUCUAAAUUACGACUGUUUUCAGCGAUAUUUCGAUGCAUUUUAAAGACUAUAAACCGAAAUUCCUAUUGGUUUGUCUGGUAUGAGUCUAUACCAGUUUUUUCCGAUGAAGAAGCGAAAGGUUUGCAAGACACCGAAUGGACGGACCAGGCGACUUGCUUCGACCCUCGGGAAAUUUAAAAGAUCUUCGGAUGGUACAGCGCCUGGUGCUGGAGGCAAUGGCAUUGAAAUACUCUGGGACAAUAAUUCACCAAGCCCCACAACAACAAUUGCUUUAGCUGGAAAACGCAGAAGACAGAACCCAAUACGCCAUGAAGAAGCUGUCAUGACCGAUGUGUCGUUUGUUGUUCAAAAACUCAGUGAGAAUACCUCACCAGUUUCAAACCAUGCUGGUCACUCAGGCUUGCUGGAAAUGUGGACAGAUAAAGCUGAACAUAAGAUUGUUGGUCAUAUCUGUGAAGACGACUUUUCAUCACCGCCAUUUCGACAAACAAAAUACGAAGACAACACCGCAAGCCCACAGUCAACACCUUUGAUUCAGAGGAGAACAACCAGGCGUCAAAGUCGUAAAGCGACGCGACAGUUCAUGUUGGAGAUACGAAAACUAGUUGAAGAGAUUCAGAAAAGCGAUCUUAGCUGCAGCAGCCAAAGUCAGAAAGAAAUUCAGGGAAAGAUUUCUGAAGAUCGUAGCCGGAUGAAAAGAAUGAAGAGAAACGAAGAAUCUUCGUCUAGUGUGACACAAGUUAAACAACAUGCAUCAACGAAUGGAGGAGAGCAAGAUUGCAAGACCAACGUCACAUGUGCUGCCGAAGCAAGCGCGGCUAUUUCCGAUUGUCUUUUGGAGGACAGUUUUGAAUGGACGGAGGAUGACAUGGACGAGCUUAUCCUCACAUGUCAACUUAGUAGUUCUGGUAAGGGAUCCCUAACUAUCCCCGAGGCCAGUAAACCGCGUUUUGGGGCCAGUCCCUCGCAAGUUUCCUUCGUGCCCGAGACGCAAUUUACGCAAAUUCGUUCUCGCACAGCUCACACAGAGACGCAAAAGCGGACGGAUGCGUCGAGUCAUGAGCCUCAAUGCACGCAGAUACUGUUCCCGGAGGGGGAGGACGGUAAUAUUGACGAGGGUGGUGACGGAGCAUUGAAUACUAGUGAGGUUAGGCAGUUUGAGCAUGCGCAGCAAAUACCAGAACAAGAAGACACUGACCAAUGGGAUUUUGACGACGACGAUUCGUUACUCGCAACAGCUAUGCAUGAAUUUGAAUUGUCGCAAAAAGCGGUAUCCAAGCAAAAAUAUGAUCAAAAUGAUACAAACAACAAGCAUGGCGGCUCUAGGAUCGGGGGAUCUGCGCAGAAGAGCGACGAUGACUUUGUUACAAGUAAUUUGACUAACCAUUUCAACCUUACUGAAAGAAGGUUAGACAAGUCCCUAGAGGAGAGAACGAAUAGUUCCACUUCCAAAGAACCAGUGAAGAAUAGUUUAUCAACAACUAGAACUUCAAGUCGCUCGACUAUAAACUCCAAGGUUGAUACAAAGCAACAAAAGAUUUCAACGCCUACGACAAGCCACUCGAUUACGGGGAGGACGAAUGAUUUCAACGUGAAGCAGUUGAACAAGAUCGCUGUGAAACGAUCCGGGUCGAAUAAUUUGCUUGGGAAAAGAAAUUGUGCACAGAUCGCUAAGGACGCUAGCAAUAGUGGGACGAGCGUCCUCGAGAAACCAUUCAACAAAAUGAUGCCUCAAACGAACUCAACAAACAUGCUUGGGAAAGGUUUUUGUGCUAAGCAAAUCAAUGAAAGGAAUAAGACUAAGGAUGUUUCAUCUGGUAGCAUGACUACACCCCGGGGUCGAGGCGGAUCAUUGCCCAACCUUACACAGAGAAACGGAAAUCGUCAUCCACGUGACAACUUGACGGGCGACUUGGAAUGUCCGAAAGGCAAGCUAACCAGACAAACAACAACAAAUAACAACAGCACGAGGGGCUUCGUGACGAAACCGGAAAGCAAGUCGAGUUUGGUGCCGCAAAGUAAACUCCAAAACUCGAGUGAAACGCAGCCAAACGAAAACCAGGAGAACGAGUUUGACUUCUUAAUGAGUGAGGAUGAUUUUACUGCACUGCUGGAUGAUUUCAACUUUGACGACGUUUUAGCAAAGACGGCGGCAAAUCAGGGGUCAGCAAAAGCGACGAACAAUUCCAUCAGAUCAUUCACUAACAGCUCAGCACGUGCACCAUCAUUGCCUGCCACCAGCGAGGGGAAGGUGAAAUAUUCACAAGCUGAAAUCGAACGCAAACGAAAAGAAGCUCAACGAAGACGUAUGGCUAAGGCCAAACAGAAAAGUUCAACACAUACAAUUAAGUAAUAUCAAAGUCUCCAAGAGAAUCUGUAAAUACAAACUAAACGAUCAUGUUCUUGUUUGUUUGUAAAUAGAAAAAAUAUAUGUUUGUACAUAAAUGUACGAAGCAACUCUAAUCCUGAUUUAUCAUAGGCCUUAAUUUGAACUAGUACCAAAUU